CAAGCUUUUCUGCCGUUACAAAUACCCAAUUUUGAAGAUCGAAUAUCUUUGCAUUUCCUCAUUCUUUGGAACUCAAACUCUCUCUCUCUUUCUCUCUCUCUCUCCCUCCAAUCUCAAAGACUUAUAAACGCCUCCGUGACCGUUAUAUUCAACAAAUUCUGAGGCGUUGAUGCUCGAUCGCUCAUCGCCUUUCUGCAGGAUUUCUACGAUUCAGUGCAGGAAUGGGGUCCAAUGGUACAGUGGUGUGUCCGGCGCCUAUGAAGGCCACAUCAAAUGGGUCGUUCCAAGGGGACAGUCCUCUGGACUAUGCACUUCCCCUGUUGAUCCUGCAGAUAUGCCUGGUGGUUGUACUCACUCGACUCCUUGCCUAUCUUCUCCGCCCGCUCAGGCAGCCCCGCGUCAUAGCUGAGAUUAUCGGAGGUGUUCUACUUGGUCCAUCUGCUUUUGGGCGCAGCAAAACCUAUCUGAAUGCUAUAUUCCCACCAAAAAGCCUCACUGUAUUGGAUACCCUGGCAAGCCUGGGCCUGCUCUUCUUUCUUUUCCUUGUUGGCCUUGAGCUUGACCCGAAAUCUCUUCGUCGCACUGGAAAGAAAGCACUGAGUAUUGCCCUUGCAGGAAUCAGCUUGCCUUUCGGGUUAGGAAUUGGGACAUCUUUUAUACUCAGAGCAACAAUUGCCAAGGGAGUGAGUCAAGGCCCGUUCCUGGUGUUCAUGGGAGUUGCCUUAUCUAUCACUGCUUUCCCUGUUUUGGCUCGUAUCCUGGCUGAACUCAAGCUUUUAACAACAGAUGUGGGGCAAAUGGCCAUGUCAGCUGCUGCAGUUAAUGAUGUGGCUGCUUGGAUUUUACUUGCUCUUGCUAUUGCUUUGUCUGGUACUGGUCAUUCUCCCCUUAUCUCAUUAUGGGUACUUAUGUGUGGAACUGGUUUCGUGCUACUUUGCAUACUCGUCGUUCCUCGUAUAUUCAAAUGGAUGGCAUCACGCUGUUCGGAGGGCGAGCCAGUGGACGAGAUAUAUGUGUGUGCCAUAUUGGCAGCUGUGUUGGCUGCUGGAUUUGUGACUGAUACUAUAGGAAUUCAUGCCCUGUUUGGGGCUUUUGUGAUUGGAGUUCUUGUCCCUAAAGACGGGCCAUUGGCGGGCGCCCUAGUGGAGAAAGUUGAGGAUCUAGUUUCAGGGCUAUUCCUUCCAUUGUAUUUUGUGUCUAGUGGGUUGAAGACCAAUGUAGCUACCAUUCAAGGGGCUCAGUCAUGGGGACUUCUUGUUUUGGUCAUAUUCACAGCAUGUUUUGGAAAGAUUCUUGGCACCAUUGUGGUUUCAACCUUGUGCAGGAUGCCUGUUCAGGAGGCUAUUACUCUCGGUUUCUUGAUGAACACCAAAGGCCUAGUCGAGCUCAUUGUCCUCAAUAUCGGGAAAGAUAGAGGGGUAUUGAAUGAUCAAACAUUUGCCAUUAUGGUUUUAAUGGCUCUGUUCACGACGUUCAUCACGACGCCUAUAGUUAUAGCACUGUACAAACCAGCCAAACUAGCUGUGACUGAAUACAAGUUCAGAACGAUACAAAGGAAGGAUCCAAGCAAACAACUCCGGAUCUUGACCUGUUUCCAUAGCAGAAGAAACAUUCCUUCCUUGAUCAAUUUGAUCGAGGCGUCUCGUGGCACUGAGAAGAGUGGAGGGUUUAAGGUGUAUGCAAUGCACUUGAUGGAGCUCUCUGAGAGGUCAUCUGCAAUUCUGAUGUGCCACAAGGCUAGAAAGAAUGGACUUCCAUUUUGGAACACUGGAGGAGAGCCUGCUGAUUCCACAGAGAUUGUGGUUGCAUUUGAGACAUUUGAGCAUCUCAGCAAGGUGUCGAUACGCCCGAGCACAGCAAUCUCUGCAAUGUCUAGCAUGCACGAAGAUAUUAUUGCGAGCGCGGAGGGGAAGAGGGUUGCUAUGAUCAUCCUCCCCUUCCAUAAACACCAGAAAAUCGAUGGGCAUUUUGAAACAACCCGAAAUGAGCUCAGGCAUGUGAACCGAAGGGUUCUUGAGGGCGCACCGUGUUCAGUUGGUAUCCUGGUGGAUAGAGGUCUCGGUGGAACGUCUCACGUGUCUGCUAGCAACGUGGAUUACACCAUCACCGUGUUGUACUUUGGAGGCCACGAUGACCGUGAAGCCCUGGCUUAUGGCGCCCGAAUGGUGGAGCACCCUGGAAUUUGUUUAGUCGUGGCUCGGUUCAUUCUUGACCCCGAGACUGCUGGGACAAGUGUGACAUUAGACGUGAGCCCGAAUGGUAGCCCCGAAGAAGAAAAGUCUCGAGAUGAAGACUUCCUCGCUGGUUUCAAGCUCCGCAACUCCACAAACAGCUCGGUGAAAUACGAGGAGAAGGUGGUGAAGGACGCUGCAGAGACGAUGGAAGCCAUACGGGGAUACACCCGCUGCAAUUUGCUCGUGGUUGGGCGAAUGCCCGAGGGGGAGAUAGUUGCGGCCAUGAACAACAAGAGCGAGUGCCCGGAAUUGGGACCUUUAGGCAACUUGUUAUCUUGCAAAGAGUUUUCAACCACGGCAUCGGUUUUGGUGGUGCAGCAGUAUCGUAGAGACUUAUCAAAGAAUGGUCACAAGGAAGAGGACUCGGCAGAUGGUGAAUAUGAGUCAACUUGAGUUCACAAAUUCAUCAACGUACUCCAGCGACCUUAGUAUACAUUUCAUUUCUGCUUCAUAUUUAAUGCCUUUCUGUAAGAUUUGGCAAACAAUAUAUUGGUGUUGUAAAUUAAUUAAUACAGCUGCAAUUUGGGAUUUGUCUUUAGUUGCUACUUUGCUAAAAUAAACCUUGUGCCA